AUGAAAGGAAUGGGGUCUGCCGUCAAGUGGCCUGGUAAGCUCAAUCCCGAAGCAAGGAGAGACACAACCAAGUGGUGCGAGUUCCACGACGAUCACAGCCAUAACACCACAGACUGUAUGGCCUUGAGGCUCGAGGUUGCCGCACUUCUGAAGAGGGGACAUCUCCGUGAUCUACUCACUGACAAGGGGAAGAACACCAUUAGCCAGAAGGGCUCCAAAGAACCGUCACCCCCUCAGCGAGAACCCACACCGAAGGGUUUCUGCUCGCUCAUCUCUGGAGGAUCAGAAAUCAGUGGGGUGAGUUACUCAUCGGCCAAGCGGUACGCGAGAGCCAACAACCACCAUGAAGUCCAGUCCAUCCAUCCGGUCUCGAGGUCAUACUCUCAUCAAGUAAUUCAGUUCGAAGAUGACGAACCGGUCACCCUGGCCGCUCCUCACCACGAUGCUUUAGUCCUCUCCCUGCAAAUAGCCAACAUCCUAGUGAAAAGGGUGUUCGUAGAUGGAGGUUCGUCAGCAAAUAUCCUAUUCCUCGAAGCAGUAAAAGUAAUGGGGCUGGAAGAAGCAAAUAUCAACAGACGACCGACAUUGCUGGUUGGAUUCAGCUCGGAGCAGAAAUACACUAUCGGGGAGAUCAUCCUUCCUAUCUAUGCCGGCGGAGUAAAUAAACAGACAAUCUUCUUGGUGAUCGACUGCCCAUCCCCCUACAAUGCCAUCUUGGGGCGGCCCUGGAUCUACGACAUGCGGGCAGUCCCAUCUACUUUCCACCAGACGAUCAGGUUUCCAACCAAGUGA